UGGCCGCCGCGCCGCUGGGCGCCUAAAGGGAACGACCGGCGCGUCUCCGCCCGGUUUGGUCCCGCGGGCCCACUCGGCCCGGCUCCUCCGCGGUUUUGAUGGAUACCUGGCUUUAUUCUUGCAAUGAAGAAAGGACCGCAGCAAAAAAUUUCCAAAGCAAAGAUGCCACCAUCAUCUCACUCUUCUAGUCCAUCAUCUCUUAUGUCCAAUAUGAGAUCUAGGUCACUUUCACCUUUAAGUGGAUCCGAGACUGUGCCUUUUCAUUCUGGAAAACAGUGGUGUGAGCAAGUCAAGAUUAUAGGUGAAAACACCAUGCUGUUGGACUACCAAGGCCAUAAAGAAGCUGAUUCACAUGUAGGAGUUCGAUAUAUUACAGAGGCCCUGGUUAAAAAACUUACUAAACAAGACAAUUUGGCCUUGGUAAAAUCUCUGAACCUUUCACUUUCUAAAGAUGGUGGCAAGAAAUUUAGGUAUAUCGAAAACUUGGAAAAAUGUGUUAAACUUGAAAUACUGAAUCUCAGCCAUAAUCUAAUAGGGAAGAUUGAGAAGGUGGACAAGCUGUCGAAAUUACGUGAACUCAACUUAUCAUAUAACAAAAUCUGCAAAAUUGAAGGCAUAGAAAAUAUGCAUAAUCUGCAAAAGCUAAACCUUGCAGGAAAUGAAAUUGAACAUAUUCCGAUAUGGUUAGGGAAGAAGUUAAAAUCUUUGCGAGUCCUCAAUCUGAAAGGCAACAAGAUAUCAUCGCUCCAAGAUGUAAGCAAAUUGAAACCACUUCAAGAUUUGACUUCUCUGAUCCUGGCUGAAAAUCCAGUUGUGACCCUUCCUCACUACCUUCAGUUUACCAUUUUUCACCUCCGUUCACUGGAAAGUUUGGAAGGCCAGCCAGUAACCACUCAGGACAGACAGGAAGCUUUUGAGAGAUUCAGUUUAGAAGAGGUAGAAAGACUGGAAAGAGACCUGGAAAAGCAGAUGAUGGAAACUGAAGAGCUUAAGAGCAAACAAACAAGGUUCCUUGAGGAAAUUAAAAAUCAAGAUAAACUGAACAAAUCAUUAAAAGAGGAGGCUAUGUUACAGAAACAGAGCUGUGAGGAGCUAGAGAGUAACCUAAACACGAAAAAUGAACUGCCCUUAUCUUGGUUUCUUGCAGACCCUUUUCUGCCGAUUCUUUAUUCUUCCUUAAAGCUAAGGCAGAAGACCAUGGAACUAACUCGAGCAUGUCAGAAACAGUAUGAACUGGAACAGGAAUUGGCCUUUUAUAAAAUUGAUGCUAAAUUUGAGCCACUAAAUUAUUAUCCAUCAGAGUAUAUCGACAUUGAUAAAGCCCCAGAUGAAAGCCCUUAUAUUGGCAAAUCCAGAUACAAGAGAAAUGAAUUCGCCACAGAGAGUUACAUUACUGAUAGUGCCCAGGCAGUAGAGAUCAAGAGGAUGGAGCCAGGUGAAGGGGAACAACUUAGAAACGAACACGUGAACUUGACAGCCCAUACGCCACUGGACGUACAACUAGAAGACAAAGAAAACAAAAUAAGUGCAGCACAAACUCGACUAUCAGAACUGCAUGAUGAAAUAGAAAAGGCAGAACAACAAAUUUUAAGAGCUACUGAAGAAUUUAAACAACUUGAAGAAGCUAUACAACUUAAAAAAAUUUCAGAAGCAGAGAAAGAAUUUCUUUUCAAGCAGUUGAGUGGUAGGAUACAACUUCUGAAUAAAUUACGCCAAGAAGCUCUGGAUCUAGAAAUGCAGAUGGAAAAGCAAAGGCAAGAAAUUGCUGAAAAGCAGAAGGAGAUCAAGGACCUGCAAACAGUCAUAGAUAGUCUGGAUUCCAAAGAUCCAAAACAUUGCCAUAUGAAGGCUCAGAAAAGAGGUAAAGAACAACAGCUUGACAUUAUGAACAAGCAGUACAAGCAACUUGAAAGCCGUUUGGACGAGAUACUUUCUAGGAUUGCUAAAGAGACUGAAGAGAUUAAGGACCUUGAACAACAGCUUACUGAAGGCCAGAUAGCAGCAAAUGAAGCCCUGAAGAAGGACUUAGAAGGUGUCAUCAGUGGGUUGCAGGAAUACCUGGGGACUGUCAAAGGCCAGGCAGCUCAGGCCCAGAAUGAAUGCAGAAGGCUACAAGAUGAGAAAGAGACCCUGCUGCAGAGAUUGACUGAGGUUGAGCAGGAGCGGGACCAACUGGAAAUAGUUGCCUUGGAUGCAGAAAAUAUGAGGAAGUUAGAACAGUCAGCUCUUCAAACAGAACUUGAGAAGGAAAAGCAAGCCCUCGAGAAUGCCCUUGGAAAAGCCGAGCUCUCAGAAGAGAAGGAACAAGAAAAUAGUGAGCUCCGCGCCCAACUGAAACAGCUGCAGGAUGACAAUAAACUGUUAAAACAUCAACUUAAAGAUUUCCAGAAUCACCUUAACCAUGUUGUUGAUGGCUUGAUUCGUCCAGAAGAAGUGGCAGCUCGUGUGGAUGAGCUAAGGAGAAAGCUGAAAUUGGGAGCUGGGGAAAUGAGCAUACCUAGUCCUUCAGAUGUCUUAGGGAAAAGUCUUGCUGAUUUGCAGAAGCAGUUCAGUGAAAUCCUUGCACACUCCCAGUGGGAAAGAGACGAAGCUCAAGGGAGAGAGAGAAAACUCCAAGAAGAAGUGGCUCUGCAUCAAGAGAGACUGGCAAGCGGACAAGAAGAGUUCCGGCAGGCCUGCGAGAGAGCCCUCGAAGCAAGAAUUAAUUUCGACAAGAGGCAACAUGAAGCAAGAAUUCAGCAGUUGGAGAAUGAAAUUCACUAUUUACAAGAAAAUCUAAAAAGUAUGGAGGAAAUCCAAGGCCUUACAGAUCUCCAGCUUCAGGAAGCUGAUGAAGAGAAGGAGAGAAUCCUGACCCAACUCCAAGAGUUAGAGAAAAAGGAGCUGCAGGAAACGGAGAGGUUCAGCAGAAAGGCAGCGCAAGCGGCCAGGGAUCUGACCCGAGCAGAAGCAGAAAUUGAACUCCUGCAGAAUCUUCUCAGGGAUAAAGAGGAGCAGUUUCGAAUUGAGAUGGAGAAAGUAGAUGUAAGUACCAGAGGAGCAAGCUCACAGGUGCUAGAAAUUGAGAAACUGAAUGAGACGAUGGAGAGGCAAAGGACAGAGAUCGGAAGACUGCGGAAUUUACUAGACCUCACUGGGGCUGAUAACAAAGGAGGCUUUGAAAAUGUUUUGGAAGAAAUUGCUGAGCUCCGGAGAGAAGUUUCUUAUCAGAACGAUUACAUCAGCAGCAUGGCAGAUCCUUUCAGAAGACGAGGCUAUUGGUACUUUAUGCCGCCACCAUCAUCAUCAAAAGUCUCCAGCCACAGUUCCCAGGCCACCAAGGACUCUGGUGUCAGCCUAAAACGCACAGCCUCAACUCCCAUUAGAAAACCACGGCAGGAUGGGAAGGAAGGCAGCGCACUCCCACCUGCUUCGGGAUACUGGGUUUAUUCUCCCAUCAGGAGUGGGUUACAUAAGUCAUUUUCAAAUAGAGAUGCAGACAGUGGAGGAGACAGCCAGGAAGAGAGCGAGCUGGAUGACCAAGAGGACCGCCCAUUUGUGCCUCCUCCUGGAUACAUGAUGUACACCGUGUUCCCCGACGGCUCUCCUGUUCCCCAGGGCAUGGCCCUGUAUGCGCCACCUCCUCCUCUGCCCAACAAUAGCCGACCUCUCACCCCUGGCACUGUCGUUUAUGGCCCGCCUCCUGCUGGGGCCCCCAUCGUAUAUGGUCCUCCACCCCCCAACUUCUCCAUCCCCCUCAUCCCUAUGGGUGUGCUGCAUUGCAAUGUUCCAGAACACCACCACUUAGAGAAUGAAGUUUCUAGAUUGGAAGACAUAAUGCAGCAUUUAAAAUCAAAGAAACGGGAACCAUGGAUGAGAGUAUCCAAGCGGCAGUCUGAGAAAGAAAUGGAAGAACUACGUCAUAAUAUUGAUGAUCUUUUACAAGAGAAGAGAGACUUAGAACAUGAAGUAGAAGAAUUACAUAGAACCAUCCAGAAACAUCAACAGCAAAAAGACUUCAUUGAUGGAGAUGUUGAGAGUCUUAUGGAUGAAUUAGAAGUAGAAAAAUCACUCAAACACCAUGACAACAUCGUAGAUGAAAUUGAGUGCAUCGAGAAGACCCUCCUGAAACGUCGAGCGGAGCUCAGGGAGGCCGACCGGCUGCUGGCGGAGGCUGAGAGUGAACUUUCAUGCACAGCAGAGAAAGCAAAAAAUGCUGUUGAAAAGUUCACUGAUGCCAAGAGAAACUUACUGCAAACUGAGAAAGAUGCUGAAGAGCUAGAAAGGAGAGCUCAGGAAACUGCGGUCAACCUUGUCAAGGCUGAUCAGCAGCUCAGAUUGCUCCAGGCUGACACAAAGGAUUUGGAACAGCACAAAAUCGAGCAAGAAGAAAUCUUGAAAGAGAUAAACAAAGUAGUUGCAGCAAAAGACUCAGACUUCCAGUGUCUAAACAAGAAGAAGGAGAAACUGACAGAAGAGCUGCAGAAGCUGCAGAAAGACAUCGAGACCGCAGAACGCACUGAGGAUCACCACCUGCAGGUGCUUCAAGAGUCGGAGACCCUCCUGCAGGCCAAGAGAGCGGAGCUGGAAAAGCUGAAAAGCCAGGUGGCGGGUCAGCAGCAGGAGAUGGCUGUCUUGGACAGACAGUUAGGGCAAAAAAGGGAGGAGCUGCAUCUGCUCCAGGGAAGCAUGGUCCAGGCCAAAGCUGACCUCCAGGAAGCGUUGAGACUGGGAGAAACUGAAGUCACUGAGAAGUGCAAUCACAUUAGGGAAGUAAAAUCUCUUUUGGAAGAACUCAGUUUUCAGAAAGGAGAACUGAAUGUCCAAAUUAGUGAGAAGAAAACUCAACUUUCACUUAUAAAGCAGGAAAUUGAAAAAGAGGAAGAAAAUCUUCAGGUAGUUUUAGGGCAAAUGUCUAAACAUAAAACUGAACUAAAGAAUAUUCUGGACAUGUUGCAACUUGAAAACAAUGAGCUACAAGGUUUGAAGCUACAACAUGACCAGAAAGUGUCUGAGUUGGAGAAGACUCAGGUGGAAGUGUUGGAGGGGAAACUGGAGUUGGAGAAUUUGCAGCAGACAGCCCUGCGACAGCAAGGGGAGAUAGAGUGGCAGAAGCAGCUCCUAGAGAGGGACAAACGAGAAGUAGAGCGAAUAACCGCUGAGACCCGAGCAUUGCAAUUGUGUGUUGAGUCUUUGUGCAAAGAGAAGGAAGAUCUGGAAGAGAAGUGUGACAGCUGGGAGAAGAAGUUGGCACAAACCAAACGGGUUUUAGCAGCUACAGAAGAGAAUAGCAAAACAAAGCAAUCAGACUUAGAGAAGCUGGAAUUGGAUGUCAGAAAACUGCAGCAGGAACUAGACCAGCUAAACAUGAGCAAACUCUCGCUGCACAAAGACAUCGCAGCAAUGCAGCAGCAGCUCCACGAAAAGCGAGAAGCAGUCAACUCAUCACAGGGGGAGCUAGCUGAGGUCCAAGACCGUCUGAACCUAGCGAAGCAGGACCUGCUCCGCACCAGCGAGCGUCAGGCCGCACUGCUCAGUGAGCAGACCAGGCUCCAGAAGGACGUGAGUGAGUCGGGAAGGCGGCUGGAAGUCUGCCAGAAGGAAGAGGAAGCAAGACAACAGCAGCUGCAAGUGCUUCAGAGCGAGAUUGAAGAAAACCAGGCCGAACUGGCCCAGCAAGAAAAGGUGUUUCAAAGACUCCAAAAAGAGAGAGAAGGUGAAGAAAAAAAAUUAGAAGCCAACAGAGUGACACUGAAGGAGCAGCAGCACCAGCUGGAAAAGGAAAUAACAGACCAGAAAAGCAAACUAGACCAGGUGCUCACCAAGGUGUUGGUGGCAGAAGAGCGCAUCCGGGCUCUGCAGGAAGAGGAAAGGUGGGGCGAGACCCUGGAGAAGAAGCUCUCCCAAACCCAACGACAGCUUUCAGAACGGGAGCAGCAGUUAGUGGAAAAGUCAGGUGAGCUGCUGGCUCUCCAGAAAGAGACGGACUCUGUGAGGGCAGACUUCAGCCUCUUGCGGAACCAGUUCUUGGCAGAAAGAAAGAAAGCCGAGAAGCAGGUUGCCAGCCUGAAGGAAGCACUCAAGAUCCAGCGGAGCCAGCUGGAGAAGAACCUUCUGGAGCAAAAGCAGGAGAACAGCAGCAUGCAGAAGGAAAUGGCAACUAUCGAGCAGGUGGCCCAGGACAACCACGCGCGGGCCAGGCGCCUGAUGAAGGAGCUCAGCCAGAUGCAGCAGGAGUACGCGGAGCUCAAGAGACAGAUGGCAAACCAAAAGGAUCUGGAAAGAAGACAAAUGGAAAUCAGUGAAGCGAUGAGGGCACUUAAAUCCGAAGUGAAAGAUGAGAUCAGAACCAGCCUGAAGAAUCUUAACCAGUUUCUUCCAGAACUACCAGCAGAUCUGGAAGCUAUUUUGGAAAGGAACGAAAACCUAGAAGGAGGGCUGGAAAGCUUGAAAGAGAACUUCCCAUUCACUAUCAGUGAGAGACCAUCACCUUUUGAAGAAAAACUGAAUUUGUCUCAUGUUCACAUAAUGGAUGAACACUGGCGUGGAGAAGCACUCCGAGAGAAGCUGCGUCACCGUGAAGAUCGACUCAAGGCCCAACUUCGACACUGUAUGUCCAAGCAGGCGGAAGUGUUAAGCAAAGGGAAGCGGCAGACAGAGGGCACCUUACACAGCUUGAGGAGACAAGUCGACGCCUUGGGGGAGUUGGUCACCAGCACAUCUGUAGAUUCCACGUCCUCACCCAGUGUGUCUCAGACGGAAUCUUCCCUUGCAGAGGACUCUCACCGUGGACCAAGCCAGAGCGCCUUCCAAGUUCUACAAGGUCCGUCACAGCCACUAGACAGUUACCGACACUGAUGCCAUUCCCAGCUUCCUGCUUGCAGGAAAAAGAAUGGCUCAGCCAGAUGAGGACGACUUUCUUGCGCAAAUGAGGAAAUACCUUCCCUACUACCUCACUAACUUCAUACUUAGAAUGCCAGUUGGUUUUUAUCAAGAUCCAGCGAAUUCAGAUGCUGAAACCCCACUGUAGCUUAUUCCACUUGUACAAUUAACGUCAGGGUUUUUGUAAGUCAUUUGUACAUAUGGGAAUAGUUAUAUACAAUUUCAACCAGGGUCCUAGAUAGCUGAGGGUUUCUUAUCUUUGAAAGGUGUUGUCAUAAAACCAAUGCUGACUUGAACCUAUAAACUGCAAAUCUGCAUCUCUAAGCUGGUAAAAUCUGUAAUUAGAAAGGGAGAAAAUGUACGUUAAGUCUCUUCAUUUAUAAUGCCAAAAGUUAUUCUUGAAUUUUUUAAAUCUAUUUUCAUAUGAAAAUAAAAGAUAAAAAUAAA